UCUCCUCUCUCUCUGUCUGCUUCUUCUUUACAGUUCACUUCACUUCUUCUUUCCAACUUCCGGCUGAACUCGUUGGCCUAUUUCUCCGAUCCCUCUUCCAUAAUUUGGCUUUCGGUUCAUAGCCUCCGAUUCUUUCUGUUUCUAUUACUCAUUUUGGUACCUCAGUGGGUAAUUGAGGCUCAGAAUUGUUGGCAGGUUUCUUCUGAAGCUCCAGAUCUCGUCGUCGAGCUACUUCCUUCGUCCUUUUAAGGACUGAGUCGCAAUGUCGCUACAGAAUCUGAUUUUGUUGCUGCUGAUGGUGAUUGCUGUUCACCAGGCGGUGUCGAUUACGUUCACAUCGAGGAUACUUCACAGGUUCUCUGAGGAGAUGAAGGCGCUUAGGGUUUCAGGGAGUACGAAUACGAGUGUUCGAGCAUCAUGGCCCGAGAAGGGGAGCAUGGAGUAUUAUCAGGAGCUUGUGAGCGGUGACUUCCAGAGGCAGAAGAUGAAACUUGGCUCUCGGUUUCAGUUGCUUUUCCCGUCUGAAGGCAGCAAAACCAUUGCGUUGGGAAAUGACUUUGGCUGGUUGCAUUACACCUGGAUCGAUAUCGGGACACCGAGUGUUUCAUUUCUGGUUGCAUUGGAUGCUGGGAGUGAUCUACUUUGGGUUCCUUGUGAUUGCAUACAAUGUGCUCCCUUGUCUGCAAGUUACUAUGGCAGUCUGGAUAAAGAUCUCAAUGAAUACCGCCCAUCCAGUUCAAGCACGAGCAAGCAUAUAUCUUGCAGCCAUAAUUUGUGCGAGUCAGGCCAAAGCUGCCAAAGUCCGAAGCAGUCAUGUCCUUAUGUUAUUGACUACAUUACUGAAAAUACUUCAAGUUCAGGACUACUAAUUCAGGAUGUGUUGCAUCUUUCAUUCGGUUGUGGGAAUUCUUCUAAUUGUAUGAUUCAGGCUCCAGUCAUUUUAGGGUGUGGUAUGAAACAAAGUGGCGGUUAUCUAAGUGGAGUUGCUCCAGAUGGUCUUUUUGGAUUGGGGCUAGGAGAAAUUUCUGUUCUUAGUUCUCUUGCAAAAGAAGAAUUGGUGCAGAACUCUUUCUCACUGUGUUUUAAUGAGGAUGGGUCUGGCAGAAUUUUUUUUGGAGACAAGGGACCAGCAAGUCAACAAAUGACUUCAUUUGUGCCGUUAGAUGGGAAAUAUGAAACCUACGUUGUGGGGGUGGAAGCAUGUUGUAUUGAGAAUUCAUGCCUCAAGCAGACAAGUUUUAAAGCAUUGAUAGAUAGUGGAACGUCGUUUACAUAUCUUCCAGAGGAAGCAUAUGAAAAUAUUGUAAUGGAGUUUGAUAAAAGGUUAAACACUACAAGCACCGUCUCCUUUAAAGGAUAUCCGUGGAAGUAUUGCUAUAAGAUCAGUGCAGAUGCAAUGCCAAAGGUUCCAACUGUGACAUUGUUGUUCCCACUAAACAAUAGCUUUGUGGUUCACGAUCCUGUGUUCCCUGUCUAUGGCGAUGAGGGGUUAGCUGGGUUUUGUUUUGCUAUACUACCUGCUGAUGGAGAUAUCGGAAUAUUGGGACAAAAUUACAUGACUGGAUACAGGAUGGUAUUUGAUAGGGAUGAUUUGAAGUUGGGUUGGUCACGUGCAAAUUGUCUAGAUCUCAGUAAUGAAAAGAAAAUGCCUCUUGCUCCUGCAAAAGAGACGCCGCCGAACCCGUUGCCAGCCAAUGAGCAGCAGAGCGCUCCAGGGGGGCAUGCGGUAGCCCCUGCCGUAGCUGGAAGGGCUCCCUCUAAACCAUCAGCUGCUGUCCCUUGCUUCAUAACAUCAAGCUUUUAUUCGAUCAGAUUGCCGCACCUGCUUCUUCUGGUAUUCUACCUUGUUUCUUCUUGUGUGUGAUGUAGAUUCUGAGCUUAUCUAAGUUUUACAUGUAAAUGAAGGUCGUCUCUUUACGUCUUCCCCCCAGCAAGGACAUGUAGAUCUUUUGUGUCCUUGCAAGGUUGCAUCAAUGGCAUUUUCCUUUUUCUUUUCUUUUCUUUAGUAUUUUUUUGGGCAUUAUAUGAGCCAUCCAAUCGGGGUUUUGAUGAUAGUAGUUGCAUUUUUGGUUAUGUAGCUAUACAUUCUUCUAUCUAUAUGUUUUUCUUUUCUAA